AUGUCAAAAAUACUGCAAGUUGUUCUAGGAGUGUCGUCUGCUCUCGGCCUGGCCUUCCUCAUCAUGACGUGUUUGUUUUGCAUCUAUGUCAUACGAAGAUACUUAAAGAAAAAGCAAAAGCUGCAUGACGUCCCGGAAAUUAUUGAACUUCCUGACCCCUUCAUAGCAAGUACAGUGAAAGAACAAAUGUUGGGGUCGGAUGAACCGGAAGUGAACACGUACAGCUGCCUUGACCUUGUCAGUCAGAAGCCCCAAAUUGACCACUGGUCAGGACUGUCAGUGGCGGGUGACGCCAGUCAAGAACUGACACACGUAAGAAGUUGGGAUGAUAUUCCCAGCUGCUCAGAUGACGCCAGCAUCGGGGCGUCGAGAUGGCAAUGUCGGUCCCAAUCUCUAGCAAGCCUCAACCUUGGUUUGGAAACUUUCAAUACCACGCUACAUUUCAGUGCUGAAUAUGUCAAGGAAAGGUCGACGUUGACGGUUGUCCUUCAACUAGUGUCGUCUUUGCCUUUCAAGUACAGAGGUAGGGCAGUGUACGCUGUAGCUCACCUGUAUCCAUACCGCACAGAGGGCGUGGAAAGUAAACUCAUUGUUUCUACAGAGGAGAGCGCGGAGUUUCAAGAAACAUUCAAGUUUAGGGAUGUUUCCAUCGAAGUUCUUGAAAAAUCAACACUCAAAAUUACUUUGUACUCGAAGAAGCUGAAAAAGUCUAGCAAAGACGCCUUUGUUGGGCAAGUGUAUUUGAAAGGAAGUGACGUGACCUGGACCCCGCAACGGUUGAUGCAGUUCGACAUGAAGAUAGAGCGGAAACAACUGAAGAGGCAAUCCACGUCGGAGAAGUACUUGUUCGAGAAUAUGGGGGAGUUGUUUGUGCUGCUGCAGUACCAGCAGCUGGCCAACCGCAUCAAGGUCCUUGUCCGCAAAGCCAGCAACCUGCCUCAUUCUGACAAACUUCUGGGGCACCCAGCGCAUUACGUCAUAGUCAACCUGCGGAAGGACGACACUGUCAUCGACCACAGAGAGACCUCCACACAGACCGGAUACUCCCCAAUAUGGAACCAGCCCUUCCUGUUUGACACGCCUAGAAGUGAAAUUACCGAUCUAUCCAUAGAGUUUGUCAUUAUGAGAGGAAGGCGAUACAAAGAUGGCGUAGUUGGUCACGUGACAAUAGGCCCGGAAAUGUCGGGCACUGGGCUCAGUCAUUGGGAAGAAAUCAUGAAACCUCAUGGGAAGGAAAUCGACAGGUGGCAUAACUUGAUGCCUGUUUUCAAAUUUCAGUAGUUGGGUUGCAGUAACCGAGGCACUGUUUCCACUGUUAAAGAAUCACUUCAUUUCUAAUGCAAUACUGUACAGUA